AUGGUGUUGCAGAGCAGGGACAUUGUAAUAGAGAUGGAGGAAGAGGCCAGUGAAUCGCCAUCAGCUGCUUCGUCCAGUUCCAGCGGGAGCAAGGCCGGUGCAAGCCAAAAGCAUUCUGCAAAUGCUUUGAACAGGAAAAAUAAAAAAGAGCCGGAGCAGAAGUCAGAAGAAAGUAUGUCCGUUGAAAACCUUCGCACUGCUGAAAGCCUUCAUGAGACUUCCCUGGAGUAUCAGCAGCCGGUUGAUCGAACGUAUAGCAUUAAUCGACAGACUCCAUCCUACUCCACUUACGUUGUUUCGGAUGAAGAUGUUGCAAGGGAGAGAGCUCAGCCGUAUGCCGAUUCGAUACAUUCAUCAGAUUUUGAAAUACCUUCAUUCCUGAAUUCUGUGCCUGCGCCAUCACAGAGGGACUUUGUUCCGGAGAAGUACUGUUGCAAGGUUUGUUUCAGCGACGAAUCGGUCUGUCAGUCUUCGAAAACAUGGAUAAUCAGCAAGGGCACCAGAACUGCUGCCGGAGCUCAUGCCGAGGACAAAACUCUGACAAAGACAAAAGCCGGAACACGCGCAACCCGAAAUGUUGGCAAAAAACAAAGUAAAGGUACCAGACGCAAACCAGCGUUAGCUCAGCUGCACAAUGAAGGAAGGGCACAAAUGCGCGCAGAAUCCGGAAAGGACGCUCAAAUGUCAGGAACAAAAAAAGUGGAAUCUCGGAAGCCUGCUGAUUGGAAAGCAGAGAAACACAGUGGUUUCGAGAGGCCAAAGCCUUCAAAACUGAGUGGAAAAAACCAACAGAAGAAGGCCGAAGCUACCUCAAGGUUUGACGAAGCUACCUCAAGGUUUGCGGAUCCUCGGCUCAUCAUGCAGCAACAGAAGACCAGUUCAGCAGCAGCAGCGGCAGCCAAAGGUACAGCACCUGGUGGCAGUAAAUACGGCAAACCCGACUACCCAAAUGUACGAAAUCUAAAGAUGAACGAAACAAUGUGUUCCACUUCUGCGGAUGAGAUGCUGAAAAUGAAUAUAAAAUUGGUACCAAAGAAAGGCGCGCCAAAGAAUGAGCGGAGCAACAAAGGCAGCAGUUACCCGAGAACGAAAAGUGGCUCAUCCAGGAGCCCAUCAUUUGAGUAA